CGUACCGAUCACGUCAAGCGGCCCAUGAAUGCGUUCAUGGUGUGGUCGCGCGCGCAGCGGCGCAAGAUCGCGCUGGAGCACCCCAAGAUGCACAACUCCGAGAUAUCCAAGCGGCUGGGCGCCGAAUGGAAGCAGCUGGGCGAAGAAAGCAAGCGGCCGUUCAUCGAUGAGGCCAAGCGACUUCGGGAGCAGCACCAGAAGGACCACCCGGACUACAAGUACCGGCCCCGGCGCAAGGUCAAGUCGCCCAUGGCCAAAAAGCAGGACCAGCCGUACCCGAUGCAGGGGGGCCCUUACUAUGCGGAGCAAUGCAGAGCCUUCUUGCACCAAGGGUUCGCCGCCCAGCUUCAUGCUUCCAACGCAGCAGCGGUCGCAGCCGCCGCUGCUGCUGCCUCCACGCCGCAGAUCCCCCCGAAGGACUCGCCCCAGCAGUCUCAGACCUCGCCGCAAUCGUCGUCUACCUCGAGCACGCCGUCGUUGCCUGGCACCUACCCGACGUACCCUCCAGACGUGAAGCCGUUCGCGCUGCACUACCCACCGGCCGGGGUUCCCAUGGACAUGGAAAAGUACUCGAUGUUCGCGUCACACGGAAUGUUUGCGGCACAACCGCCCGCGACGCUUGGCCCUGGCGGAUAUGCGCAAGCGUACAUGUGCGGCUACCCAGGCUUCCCGACGACCCACGACCCUUACCGCGUGGUAUAGCCGUUGCGACCAUGCCCGACCAUGACCAGGCGGACCAUUCCUCAUCGUGCCUUCUUGAUACAUCAUCAGCGGCUGGUUUAGAACAAUUGGUGGUGAUGUUGACGCGUUGAACAUGGAGGGACUUCUGCCAACUCCUGUGAACGCGCUUACUAGCAAUUGAUUUUUAUUUAGAAACAACGUCCUCAUGUACAUAAAAUGUUCGUCAUGGUUGAAACCGAAUUUUGAACAAGUGAUCAUCGAGGAAACAAACAAGCGAGAGAUUUUUCGUUACCCCCAAUCUAGCUCUCCGUUGAAGGGGUUUUUUUUUUUUUUUUUAGCUAGUGACACUCGCUGGUGGGCUGAAACAGCGGGGUGUACGUUGAAAAAAAAAAAAAAAACAAGUGUAUCGGCUCUCGUCUCGCGAGAUUAAACAGAUGAGCACCAAGGCGGUCGUAGGAC